CAAGCGUCGAGUUGCUGUACUAUCAUACGUUCAAUCGGGAAGAAACGACAAGUUUAGUCGAGAUGGAUCUAUUCUGGACGCUGGCUACACAGGCACUUUAGAUUUCGACAUCGACAAUCAUGGGUCUUCGUCUCAAGAUUAACCGAAGAUCGCCGGGCGAGUCUUGACAUACAAUGCGUAUUAAAGCAAUGGGCCUGCCUGAUCUUCCAAGACUUGAGAUUGAUAUUCUCUUCUUAUGUGCUGUGUCAUGAUCAAGUGUUAGGGGUCUUCUUUCCUUAUACAUUCUCUUCGCUUCCUUUUUUUAUUUUACCUUCCCUUCUCUUGGCGUGAGGAUUGAAGCCUUUUCGUCUGUUCUUCUAUUCUACACCUAGGAGUCGCCGGACGGCUUCAUAUUAUCCCUUCAUUUUUUGUAUUCUUUCCGAUUUCGUUGCUAGUCGCCGGAUUCCCGACUGUAACUUUUUUUUUCUUAUUAUUUCUCUCUUUUUUGAUAAAAGGAAAUAACUAGUCAUCAUGUCGGACGAUACUGGAAGCGCGAAGCCCGUCUGUGGCGGUGGCAAGGAGGCCGGAGAGUAUGAUCUUGCUCUACACACUGUUGGACUUUUCCUUGUCUUGGCUGCUUCGAUUUGCGGAGCUGGCUUUCCCGUCGCUGCAAAGAAGAUCAGCUGGCUCAAGGUACCAGAGAAGGUGUUCUUCGCUUGCAAACACUUUGGAACAGGUGUCCUAAUAGCAACUGCCUUCGUCCAUCUUCUUCCAACAGCCUGGUUCAGUCUUUCGGAUCCAUGCCUUCCCGAUCUCUUUACCGACGACUACCCACCUCUUCCUGGUGUUAUCAUGAUGGGGUCCCUGUUCAUUCUAUUCAUGAUUGAGAUGUGGAUGAACAACAAGAUGGGUGGCCACUCCCACGGUGGUGCUACAGGUUUCGAGCAACACGCACCGGCACCAACACGCCCAGCGCGUUCCGAAACCGUAAGCACCUUCGAGGCCGACGAUGUCUCCUACGAGAAGAAGAUGGCUCAGAAGAUGUAUGAACAGACUCAAUACCCGUACCCCGAAGGUAACGAACUUGACCUCCCUCAAUCCGAGAUGCCUCCUUGGUUCGUCGUUUUCUACGAGCAGUACGUCCGCCAACGCCUUGAGCUCAUCAACAUGAUCCGCGCCAAUGGCCCCAUUCAACCUGCCGCCGAGACCAAGCAAGAAGUUGUCGUAACAGAGAAGAGCAUGUUUGACGAGGAGGGCCAACCCAUCGACCCCAUGGUUUACAAGAGAAUGUCCAUGAACAUCACCCUCUUGGAAGGUGGUAUACUCUUCCACUCCGUCUUCGUCGGUAUGACCGUUUCGAUCACCAUCGAAGGAUUCGUUAUCCUAUUGGUCGCCAUUCUUUUCCACCAAAUGUUCGAGGGUCUCGGUCUUGGUUCCCGUAUCGCUGCUGUUCCCUACCCCAAGGGCAGUCUCCGACCCUGGCUGUUGGUGUUCGCUUUCGGUACCACUGCUCCCAUUGGGCAGGCUAUCGGUUUGGCCGCCCGUAACAGCUACGACCCCAACAGUGCCUUCGGUUUAAUCAUUGUUGGUAUCUUCAACUCAAUCUCCUCUGGUCUUUUGAUCUACGCUGCCUUGGUAGACUUGCUAGCCGAAGAUUUCCUUUCAGAAGAAUCCAACAAGGUUCUUACAAUGAAGGACAAGAAGAUUGCCUUCCUCUACGUUCUUCUCGGAGCUACUGGCAUGUCUAUCGUCGGUGCUUUCGCUUAAAAGGUGUGUUGGUAACGAUCUUAUGAAAACCACAAAUCGACCAAGGGGAACGAUGAUGUUAGAUCGGAAUACCACGGCAGCAUCACAAUGUUGCAUUGAGCAGUGCUUGCUCGGGAUGGGAAUCACAGCGAGGCAUCUAAUUGGGCAUUUUAAAAAUAAUUGAGAGUGGCAGCUGUGGCAGGGGACCAGGGCGUCGUUGGGCUGGGCUUGAUAACAUGGAAGGGCUCCCUUGUCAAGAUACGAGAGUUGAUUUCCAUACAUGGAGAGAUUGUAAUUUUACAACACAGUCCUUACCGCAAUCACCGGCAUAAACCAUCACACACUUCCCAAGUCGGGCUGCGCUGGAUCGUGGGUUUGAGCAUGCCCAAACUCGGGUUCUAGUGGUAGUUCGACUUUUCACAACCCUUCU